GCUCUCUGUGAAGAUGGCGGCCGAACUGGUAGAAGCGAUGAACAUGGUCAAGAGUUUCCGGGUGUCUGACCUGCAGACGCUGCUGGCCUCGAUGGGACGCAGUAAGAGCGGGUUGAAGCAGGACUUGGUCGGGAGGGCUUUGAGACUGGUGCAGACAGAAUACAGCCCAGAGCUGUUAAAAAAUGUUCGGCAGCUCUAUGAGACGCGCUUUCCCAAAGCUCCCGGGUGGCUGGCUGCUCGUCGCCCAGAAGGGUUACCAGCAGUGUCCUAUCCAGCGAUUAACCCCUCCCCCCGGGUCACAGCUCAGGGCACGGACUACCUCAACGGCAUGCCCAAGCAAGCUGCUCCACCUGCAGCCGAAGUGAAACUAGUGCCCUUGCCCUUUUACCACAACUUAGAAACAUUGUCACAACCUACUGAGCUAAUUGCUCAAAACAGUGAAAAACUACAGGAUAGUCAGCGCAUUUUUGAAUUAACACAGAACCAAGUGGACCAGAUACGAAACUCUAGUGAGCUUCGUCCUGGGGUAAAAUCUGUCCAGGUGGUUCUUAGAAUCUGUUACACCGAUUCCAUUGGUGUUCAGGAGGAUCAGUACCCUCCCAAUAUUGCUGUUAAAGUCAAUCAGUCUUACUGUCACGUUCCAGGUUAUUACCCUUCCAACAAACCAGGUGUGGAGCCUCGUCGGCCCUGUCGCCCUGUAAACAUCACGCCCUGGCUGCAUCUCUCCACCGCCACCAACAGAGUCACCAUCACAUGGGGCAACUUUGGCAAGCGGUAUUCUGUUGCUGUGUACCUGGUCAGGGUCUUCACAUCUGAAGAGCUCUUUAACCAGCUGAAACACUGUUCAGUGGAGAGUGCAGAGCGAUGUCGGGAACGCAUUCAGGACAAGCUGCGUUUUGAUCCAGAAAGCGAGAUUGCCACUACAGGGCUGCGAGUAUCUCUAAUCUGCCCACUGGUGAAGAUGCGCCUGGGAGUGCCGUGCCGGGCGCUCACCUGUGCUCAUUUGCAGUGUUUUGAUGCCGUUUUUUUCUUGCAAAUGAACGAAAAGAAGCCAACAUGGACCUGUCCUGUGUGUGAUAAGCCUGCUCCCUUCGAGCUGCUCACCAUUGACGGGUUACUCUCUGAAAUCCUGAAAGAAACAGAGGAUGUGGAGGAGAUAGAGUUUUUGACUGAUGGUUCAUGGAGACCUAUCAGGGACGAGAAGGAGAAGGAGAGGGAGCGGGAAAACAGCCGCACUCCAGAGUAUCCAGUUGUGGAUAUAUGUGUUCCUGAGACGAAUGGCCAUUCCCCAGCACACAGCAGCACGAGCCAGCCUGGAAGGUCAGCACCUAGCGGCCCAGCAGCGGGCACAGGCAGUGCCAAUGGAGCUUCAGGUGGAGGGGCAGUGGUGGAUCUUACUCAGGACGAUUCGUCAGAUGAGGAAGAGGGUGGAGGAGGGGGCGGGGACAGUGACGACACAGACGACAGCCAGGACAGCCCAGCGCCCAAAAGAGGCAGAUACGAUUACGACAAAGAUCUCGUCACUGCAUACUGAGAUUCUAAGGCUGCACGUACAAACUGAGGGAGAUUAGCAAUGGGUCAGAUUCGAGUCCUGGAGAGUCCCCUCACCUCUAUUGUUUUGUCUCUUUAAACUAUCCUUCCCCAAAAUACUCAUACAAACAUGCACAAACUGUUGACCUCGGGGGCAGAUGCACAUUGUCAUGACACCACUGGAAAUCAAUAGGUGCCCGCUAAAGCCAUUUUGUCAUGUCCUCCGCAUCUAAAUACUGUUAGUCCCUUUAAAUGACUGGUAUUCAAACCACCCUUGUUGUCUUUACUCUUUGUUUUCAUCGCCACCACGUUUUCUUUUCCAUUACCACCAUACUAUUCAAUUUCAGCCUGAACCUUUCAGCCUCACAGUACGUAAAUGCCUUUCGGCUUGUACAAGUUCCGCAAGGAGAUGCUCAAAAGAUGCUGCUCUUCAGCCAUCAGCAAUACAAGGUCAAAAUAGUAAAAUGCCUAUAAAGACAAACAACGUAAAAUAAGAACUACAGUGUCCUUACCACCCAUAAUUUGUAGAGUCAUUUUUCAUUAGGCUUAGAUAUCAUGGCAUACCUAUCUUCUUCCAAAGCCAAGUAUUUGUCAUGUAUUUGUCUCCCCCCUUAUAUUGCUUGUUUGUUCAAUAGAAAUUGACAACCUACCUCAGUCUAAAUGCAAACUUGACCAGAAAUGCAAGACAAAAAUAGACUUGACGUUUUUUUGGGGGGUUAUUUUUCUUUAAUAAACAGUAACACUGGAGAGUAAAUUUCUUUACUACAUUCUGCGUGGUGCCCUUUAAGAUCCCGCUAAAACAUUCAAAUGAAUUCAAAGCAGUGAAUUUUUAGUCAGAUUUGCUUACAGAACCAGUAGUGUCAUGCUGCACAUUUUAGUCGCCUCCCGGCUGAAAUAAAUAUAAAAUGCCAUUCGCAUCAUCACAGUACAUCUGGAAAUAUGAGAUCUUUCAGUACUGCAAACAUGUGAUUAUAGUACAGAAGCUAAUGAUUAUGUAUCAGAACGUUUGAUGAUUGCAAAUCUCAAUCUCUUACUGUGGGCUUGUCAGCAAACUGAAACGAAGCUGGAAGCUGUUUUUAUAGAACAAGUUGAGUUCAGGGGAAGCCCAGAUUUUGCCCAGCAGCCAGUAAACCCAGGAAAAAAGCCAGGAAAAAAAAGGAAGUGGCAAAGGUGUCAAAUAAAGACCACGUUUUAGUUUUUGGUAGUGACUGCAUCAAAUUAAAUAGGCAAGUAGGCAUCUGUAUUUCUUUACCUCUUUUUAUGUAACUUUGUUUUCUUUUCAUAUUUAAUUUAUCUGACAGUUGAAUAUGUUUGAUUAGGAAUGAAAAAUUCAUUCCUGAGUCCUGUGAAUCUGAUGUGCUGUUGGAUGUUUUUUGUUGGGAGAUGGGUAUGUUGGCUUUAUCUCCUCUUCUGAUGUGUAAUCAGUGUCUGUAUAACAUGCAACGAUCUUCAAAUUUUGAUUUCAGUCAUCAGAAUGAGUAUAAAUUGGCUUAAUCAUUUACCUUUAAUAUUAUUUCUACACAGGAGGCAUUUGACAAGAGUGUAGUUCUUAACAAAGCGCUGUUUUAUUUUGUAGUGAGAUGUGGUUAUAAAAAUUGAUUUGUUUACUGCUUCAGAUAUCAGAUUAUGAUGCAAAAUUUUACAGAAGUUGUUUUGUUACUCAUUCAUCUGUAUGGUAGCUGCGUGACUCUGCUGGUGGGCAUAUCAUAAAGAACUUGUCUCUUCAAUGUUCUAUGUUAAGGUUUAGUUGGAAUUCUGCUGUGGGAUUGGUUGGAUGUGACACAAAUGCUAUACAGUUCUAUGUAGAAUGUGGGGGAUGGUUAUAUGCAAGAAAUAGGGCUCAAAUGAUUUAUCCUAACUUCACCUCAUCAUUCAGUUAUCGGAUUUCUGAUCCAAAUACUUAACUGGUCAUAAUGUUACAGGUUUAUUAAAUAUUUCUGUAGCUGAAAAUUGUUCACUAAUAAGGUUUUUGACAUGGUCUUCCAUUGUUGUCAUCUUUUCAACUUGGUACAUUUAUAGAUGGAAAAUCAAAUGCUCACCUUGCCAUUCUUUUACCUCUUCUAGUUUUGAUUGGAAUUAAAUUAAAUCACAUUUCAGAUUAUUUUGGGGUUUUUUUGCAACUAAAAUGUAAAACCCCUAAAAGAGUUUAAUUUAAGACUAAGUGUAUUACAGGAAAAUUUGUUAAUUUAACAUCCCAUUUGUUCAUAAUGGAACAUUUAAGAAAGAAAAUUAAGCAUUUUAGAUUCUUUGUGGUAAAGAAGUGUUAAGUGAAGGACCAUGUAGGCAGAAAUCUGGGGUUUGGCUUGAAGUGGUUCUUACGGGUUGGAGAGAUUCUGAUUGGUGGCAAACCUUCUUGCAGUGCUUAAAAUGACAAACAUUGGCUUGCAAUCCCUGAUGUAAAUGUUUCAUUUGUUGUCUUUUACAUGUUCAUAUUAAAAGCCAAUGGAAGAAAAUAAAUAUUUAAUCAUUUUUUGAUAAAUACUCUUCAGUUGCUCUGAUGGAUGGAAGUAGAUCAUUCAAAUGUUAGUGGUUAGUUUUUGCCACUUUCGUAACAGCUUAAUGAAUCGGUGAAAUGCUGUCAUGUCCACAACACUGGACUUGGCUGUGGAUACAAGUGUUUAAUUGUCCCUGUUGGAAUGGAAAUGUAAAAAGUUUAAGGAUAUCAUACUUAGUGUGUCAUUUAUGUGUGCAAUUAAACUGAUUUUAAAACGA